AUGAAGAAAAAACGUAGGUAAGCCAUAUAGGUUUUGAUUUCAACAUCUGCAAUCUGCAAUCUGUUAUGUGCAGAUUUGUAUUCAGAACACUGCGGGCAAGUGUAAACAUUUCCAUUUCCCGUGUGAUUCACAAGACGCUAAAAAAAUAUUGUUGCAGAAGCUGGCUAGCUGGGCUAUGGUGCUAACCCAAGUAGAAUGCACUGAAUACAUCAAGUUCUUACGAUCAUGGUGAAUUCCUAGGUUUUCAAGAAUGACUGUCCAUACGUAAAUAUCUAGGUGUCGUACAUGCAUGAAAAAUAGAGUUGUCUCACCUUUGAUUUCAUUUUGAUCUCUUGAUUUAGAAUACAACAGUCACCCCUCUUCCGAGUUCCACAGGAUUUCUUUCAGCCAACGUCAUCACGUAGCCAAGAAUCGCAUGGCGCGUGAUGAGCAAUGUAAACAAACCCGCCGGCUGCCCGCCCCAACAGUCUGGUUUCCACUAGAUAAUACAGCCACAAAGUCAGAUUCCACAGCCACAAAUCAAAUUAAAUUGUAUUUGUCACAUGCGCCGAAUACAACAGGUGUAGACCUUACCGUGAAAUGCUUACUUACAAGCCCUUAACCAACAAUGCAGUUCAAGAAAUAGAGUUAAGAAAAUGUUUACUAAAUAAACUAAAGUAAAAAAUUAAAUAAAAAGUAACACAAUAAAAUAACAAUACAGAGGCUAUGCAGGGGGUACCAGUACCGAGUCAAUGUGCAGGUGUGCAGGUGUACAGGUUAGUCGAGGUAAUUUGUACAUGUAGGUAGGGGUAAAGUGACUAUGCAUAGAUAAUAAACAGCGAGUAGCAGCAGUGUAGCUUGGCCCCAGUGAUGUACUUACUACCCUCUGUAGCGCCUUACGGUUGGAUGCAGUUGCCAUACCUGGUGGUGAUGCAACCGGUCAGGAUGCUCUCGAUGGUGCAGCUGUAUAACUUUUUGAGGAUCUGGGGACCCAUGCCAAAUAUUUUCAGUCUCCUGAGGGGGAGUCAACAUUGGCUACAAAAAUGUGCUUUUAGGUCUUAAUUUAAGGUUAGGCAUAAGGUUAGCAGUGUGGUUAGGGUUAAAUUUGGAUUUCAAAUCAAUUUUAAGAAGAUAAAUUGUAGAAGUCUGGACACACCUACUCAUUCAAGGGUUUUUCUUUAUUUUUACUAUUUUCUACUAUGUAGAAUAAUAGUGAAGAUUUCAAAACUAUUAAAUAACACAUCAUGUAGUAACCAAAAAAGUGUUAAACAAAUGAAAAUAUAUUUUAUAUUUGAGAUUCUUCAAAGUAGCCACCCUUUGCCUUGAUGACAGCUUUGCACACUCUCGGCAUUCUCUCAACCAGCUUCACUUGGAAUGCUUUUCCAACAGUCUUGAAGGAGUUCCCACAUGUGCAGAGCACUUGUUGGCUGCUUUUCCUUCACUCUGAGGUCCAACUCAUCCCAAACCAUCUCAAUUGGGUUGAGGUCGUGUGAUUAUGGAGGUCAGGUCAUCUGAUGCAGCACCCCAUAACUCUCUUUGGUCAAAUAGCCCUUACACAACCUGGAGGUGUGUUUUGGGUCAUUGUCCUGUUGAAAAACAAUUGAUAGUCCCACUAAGCGCAAAUCAGAUGGGAUGGCGUAUCGCUGCAGAAUGCUGUGGUAGCCAUGCUGGUUAAGUGUGCCUUGAAUUCUAAAUAAAUCACUGAAAGUGUCACCAGCAAAGCACCCCCACACCAUCACACCUCCUCCUCCAUGCUUCACGGUGGGAACCACACAUGCAGAGAUCAUCCGUUCACCUACUCUGCGUCUCUCAAAGACAAGGCGGUUGGAACCAAAAAUCUCAAAUUUUGACUCAUCAGACCAAAGGACAGAUUUCCACCAGUCUAAUGUCCAUUGCUCGUGUUUCUUGGCCCAAGCAAGUCUUUCUUCUUAUUGGUGUCCUUUGCAGCAAUUCAACCAUGAAGGUCUGAUUCACACAGUCUCCUCUGAAGAGUUGAUGUUGAGAUGUGUCUGUUACUUGAGCUCUGUGAAGCAUUUAUAUUGGGCUGCAAUCUGACGUUCAGUUAACUCUAAUGCUCUUCAGCAGAGGUAACUCUGGGUCUUCCUUUCCUGUGGCGGUCCUCAUGAUAGCCAGUUCAUCAUAGCGCUUGAUGGUUUUUGCGACUGCACUUAAAGAAACAUUAAAAGUUCAUGAAAUGUUCUGUAUUGACUGACCUUCAUGUCUUAAAGUAAUGAUGGACUGUCGUUUCUCUUUGCUUAUUUGAGCUGUUCUUUCCAUAAUAUGGACUUGGUCUUUUACCAAAUAGGGCUUACUUCUGUAUACUACCCCUACCUUGUCACAACACAACUGAUUGGCUCAUUAAGAAGGAAAGAAAUUCCACAAAUUAAUUUUUAACAAGGCACACCUGUUAAUUGAAAUGCAUUCCAGGUGACUACCUCAUGAAGCUGGUUGAGAGAAUGCCAAGAGUGUGCAAAACUGUCAUCAAGGCAAAGGGUGGCUACUUUGAAGAAUCUCAAAUAUAAAAUAUAUUUUGAUUUGUUUAACACUUUUUUGCUACUACAUGAUUCUAUAUGUGUUAUUUCAUCGUUUUGAUGUUUAGAUGUUUUGAUGUUUUGAUGUUUAGAAAAUAGUAAAAAUAAAGAAAAACCCUUGAAUGAGUAGGUGUGUCCAAACUUUUGACUGGGACUGUAUAUACACUACCGUUCAAACGUUUGGGGUCACUUAGAAAUGUCCUUGUUUUCGAAAGAAAAGCAUUUUUUUGUCCAUUAAAAUAACAUCAAAUUGAUCAGAAAUACAGUGUAGACAUUGUUAUGUUGUACAUGGCUAUUGUAGCUGGGAACGGCUGAUUUUUCAUGUUUCUACAUAGGCGUACAGAGGUCCAUUAUCAUCCACCAUCAGUCCUGUGUUCCAAUGGCACGUUGUGUUUGCUAAUCCAAGUUGAUCAUUUUAAAAGGCUAAUUGAUCAUUAGAAAACCCUUUUGCAAUUAUGUUAGCACAGCUGAAAACUGUUGUGCUGAUUAAAGAAGCAAUAAAACUGGCCUUCUUGAGACUAGUUGAGUAUCUGGAGCAUCAGCAAUUGUGGGUUCGAUUACAGGCUCAAAAUGGCCAGAAACAAAUAACUUUCUUAUGAAACUCGUAAGUCCAUUGUUUUUCUGAGAAAUGAAGGCUAUUCCAUGUGAGAAAUUGCCAAGAAACUGAAGAUCUCAUUUUCUUCGCUGUGUACUACUCCCUUCACAGAACAGCGCAUACUGGCUCUAACCAGAAUAUAAAGAGGAGUGGGAGGCCUCGGUGCACAACUGAGCAAGAGGACAAAUACAUUAGAGUGUCUAGUUUGAGAAAGCAGGCCAGAGGUGGAUGAACGCAAUGCCCUCGUUUGGGUGUAGGGACUGAUCAGAGCCUGAAGGUACGGAGGUGCCGUUCCCCUCACAGCUCCGUAGGCAAGCACCAUGGUCUUGUAGCAGAUGCGAGCUUCAACUGGAAGACAGUGUAGUGUGCGGAGGAGCGGGGUGACGUGAGAGAACUUGGGAAGGUUGAACACCAGACUGGCUGCGGCAUUCUGGAUGAGUUGUAGGGGUUUAAUGGCACAGGCAUGGAGCCCAGCCAACAGCGAGUUGCAGUAAUCCAGACGGGAGAUGACAAGUGCCUGGAUUAGGACCUGUGCCGCUUCCUGUGUAAGGCAGGGUCGUACUCUCCGAAUGUUGUAGAGCAUGAUCCUACAGGAUCGGGUCACCGCCUUGAUGUUAGCGGAGAACGACAGGGUGUUGUCCAGGGUCACGCCAAGGCUCUUCGCACUCUGGGAGGAGGACACAACGGAGUUGUCAACCGUGAUGGCGAGAUCAUGGAACGGGCAGUCCUUCCCCGGGAGGAAGAGCAGCUCCGUCUUGCCAAGGUUCAGCUUGAGGUGGUGAUCCGUCAUCCAUACUGAUAUGUCUGCCAGACAUGCAGAGAUGCGAUUCGCCACCUGGUUAUCAGAAGGGGGAAAGGAGAAGAUUAGUUGUGUGUCGUCUGCGUAGCAAUGAUAGGAGAGGCCAUGUGAGGAUAUGACAGAGCCAAGUGACUUGGUGUAUAGCGAGAAUAGGAGAGGGCCUAGAACUGAGCCCUGGGGGACACCAGUGGUGAGAGCACGUGGUGCGGAGACAGCUUCUCGCCACGCCACUUGGUAGGAGCGACCGGUCAGGUAGGACGCAAUCCAAGAGUGAGCCACGCCGGAGAUGCCCAGCUCGGAGAGGGUGGAGAGGAGGAUCUGAUGGUUCACAGUAUCAAAGGCAGCAGACAGGUCUAGAAGGACAAGAGCAGAGGAGAGAGAGUUAGCUUUAGCAGUGCGGAGAGCCUCCGUGACACAGAGAAGAGCAGUCUCCGUUGAAUGACCAGUCUUGAAACCUGACUGGUUUGGAUCAAGAAGGUCAUUCUGAGAGAGAUAGCAAGAGAGUUGGCUAAAGACGGCACGCUCAAUAGUUUUGGAGAGAAAAGAAAGAAGGGAUACUGGUCUGACCACCCCUCAGCCAUCCUCACGUAUUUUGUGCCCCCUCAUAUAUUUGGGAUGCGUGAUGCAUCUGCACACACACACACACACACACACACACACACACACACACACACACACACACACACACACACACACACACACACACACACAGCCAAUAAAACUGUUGAUAUUUCUAAAUAUAUUUUUUGUGCUUGAUGGGUGAUCUUGAUAUCGAUGAUGUUUUCAAAGUAGCCCAAUCAAAGGGUCUCCUGUUGAAGUUGUAAUCUGUCCUGAAGUGGUGCUUUGUUGGUCUGCGCCUGUAGCUUGACCAGACAUUCUUUGGCCCUGUGCUGUGGGCCCAUCCUACGCAGGACAGGUGCAGGGAUCAGCGAGGGCAGGUCUAAGCUCCUCUUGGCCGGGAAUGGAGCCUUGCUAUGGGCCCCUGGUCAAAAGUAGUGCACUAUAUAGGGAAUUGGGUGGGGUGCCAUUUUGGGACGUGACCAUUGACACUGCAAUUUGUACUACAGGGUCCCCAGGUUCUUACUGUUCUUGGGUAUUAGUGAGAGAGACCACAGAAGCAACUCUACUGAUACCUGACUAAUAUCACACAGGACAGGUGAAACAACUUGUUCUUAUCUAGCUAGCUACCUGGAUUUAUCUCAUGAUAUGUCUCUUGAUAUGGUGAAUACAACAGGUAUAUACAGGACAAAUCUGUUGUGUGGAAUGAGUAAAAACCCAAUGAUAUUUAAUCUCAAGCACAAAAAUAUUCAUUUUCAGUCGAGAAAAAGCGAAAUGCUACUUAAAUACUAUUGCUGAAAUGUACUGUGACCAAAAAUAUUUGCACCUGGAUGUAAAAUCAAAGCUAGCUAUGGGAGAACUGUUCUUUAUCAAUAUUUGUUUCAUACAUUGAACAUACUUAUGUUAGUAGGGAAAUUAAAUAGAAUUCUAAUAGCAGCUUCUUUUGUUUUUGAAUAUGGUAUUUGUGGGGUUCUAUUUUCUCAUAAUUGGAUCUGUAUGUGAUGAAUAGCUUAGAAGGAAUGCAUUAAUGAUAAGCAUAGAAGGUUUGUACUAUACUGAUAUAAAUUGUUUCACAUAACAAGCUGUGAUUCAUGUAAGGAACGUUAGGGGGUAGGACAGAUAAGACUUGUAUUUCUUACAGAUACGAACACUGCCUCUUUGUUGUCUGUGAACCGUUGUCUGUGAACCGUCCUUGAACGUAGGUACUUACAGUACAGUGGUGUCUUUUGGGUGCUGACUGCACAGGUUGUUAUGAUAAAAACUUAUGCCUGGCAACAGUGUGCAACGGUGGAGCGCCAAGAGGCUGGGACCAGCCUGUGCGCCAACGGAUUGGCUGAGUAAGUCUAAACCACGCUCAGUCUCUACUCUGAUUGGCCAGCAGAGAGUGGGAACUAUCUCUGUCAGAGUAUUUGAAGAAGAACUCAGAACAAUGGAUUAGUUCUCGGAGUGCCCUGCGUGGUAUUUCAGUGGACCCGUAUAUACGAACCUUCAUACUUAUCAUACAUACAUUUUGCUUAAUCCAUCUUGAUUUAAAUGUUAAUGUAAAAUUUGUUCCCAACAUUGAAAAAUGUCUGUGUUUGUGUGUUAUUUUUUUUCCAGCAAGAUGAAGGGGGUGAUGUCCUGCAGGACCUAGCACAACAUGUAAGGAAAAUCGUUGUGUACUAACCUGGGAUAUUUACGUUAAGGAUUAUGUUUACCAAUCGAUGACAGUAUUGACUCAAUACGGGGUUUGCUUUCCGCUAUCCGUCGCCGUUUAAAUGUCUGACAUAUAACCGUGCUCGAGAAAACCACAGGUAGCAUAAUGUAUUUCAGCAGAUUUCGUGCGUUUCUGUGUGAAAAGACACUAAUUUAUGUGCUACUUAAUUCGUGCGAAAAGACACCAAUUUAACCAGUAGGCUACACACAACAACCAUAAACGGAUAGCCUAUUUUUCUUUAUUUUCUUUAUUAUGGCUAAUUAAACGUUAUGAAUAUACAGAAAUGUUGUCUUUAUUUAAUAAUGUUUCAAACACUGUAGUUGUAUGCCUAUGUACUGUUUGAGAUUUUCUGAACAUCAUUUGUGAGAAAAUACACACAUUUACGUGCAACUUAAUUCGUGGGAAAAAUUGUUUUAUUAAUGCUAACGCUGUUUUCUAUGCUUGAUUUCGAUUAAUACUUUGGGAUACCGGUGCACUUUUGGUCAGAAAGGCCCCUUUUCCAUGUAGGCAACAGUACACGAUUUUCUUCAUAAUGCAUUUCAUAUUUCGUAGAGUCUAAAUUACACAAUUUUCUUCAUAAUUCAUUUAAUACAUGUUAAAGAGGUUAAUGUAAAAAUAAUGAAAUAUGUCGGCUUUCACUUAUGGCACUUCCAAGGCCUUUCUAUUGUGGUUAUGUCAAUCAUAUUAUAUACUUAGGCUAUUGUAACGCGUUCAACCAGUUAGCAAGUCAGAAAUGUCCGUUUCCUAGUACCGACUAGCACUUGAAUGCUGUAUUAUGCCAACUUCACAUACUCGUGGAAAAUGGGAAGUUGUAACUCCCACAUGAUUGUGUUCAAGUGGUUUUGAAGUCGGAACAAUUCUUAAACCAAUAAGAUUGGCAACAACAUUUUCACUAUUUCUCACUUGUAAUUCCUACUUGGAGGGUCAUUCAAGUGAAACUUCCCAGUCGGAACUAGGUAUUUCCGAUAACUCUGAUAGCACCCUGAACACGACAUUAAUAUGUGUGAUCGACAACAGUAGGGUCUGGGUCCCGGCAUGUGCAGUCCCCAUACCCAUUCCAUAAGAGUGAGUCUCAGUAGUCUACUAUAUGUCCGUGCUAUGUGAAGUAAGUAUGGUGAUUAUUAUUAAGGUUCUGGUCGUCUGAGAUACCAACAAGUAAGGCUAUACAACAUACAAUAUCAAUAAAUAUAUAUUUUCUCCUAUUAGUGUAUUUGAGUUUGUUCUGUCGUUUCUGGAUGAUUUAAUUGAAAUUGCAACCAACUUUCUAUGGCUUGUUUUAGAUAUAGUGAAAUUUGAGAGAUUAUUUAAUUUCAAAUAACUGAAAGUGAGAGGUUGUAAUUUGAAUAAAGGGGGGAAAUGCCAUUAUUGAACAUGUGGUGAUUAGAACAAAAGAUUUCACUCUUGACUUUGGCGAAUAUUAUUGUGCGGCAGUGUCCUAAUGCCUGCGCGCAGUGGACUAUUGGCAUCGUUUGCCAUAGCAGGCUGGCAUUAGAUUAGAACAUAAGAUUUCACUCUUGACUUCAGCGACUAUUAUUGCGCAUAAAGGGCCGGCAGUGUACUGUUGCGCGCACAUUGUGCUUUUGCCUGCGUGCAGUGUGCAGUUGCAUCCGCGCAGUGUACUAUUGGCCUCGUUUGCCAUAGCAGGCUAGCAUUAAAUUAUAACACAAGAUUUCACUCUUGACUUUGGCGACUAUUAUUGCGUGUAAAUGCCGGCAGUGUUCUAUUGUUUUGGGCGCGCAGUGUAUUAUUGCGGGCGCACGCAAAGUGUAUUGUUUUUUGGCGUACAGUGUGUUUAUUGGGCGCGCAGUGUAUUGUUUUGGGCACGCAGUGUACUGUUUUGGGUGCGCGGUCAAAAAAAAAAAGAAGCAAAGCAUCCCUUCCGAUAGCCGACAGAGGAGGCCUCCGCAACGGGCCAAUCGGGGUGGUGGGGAGAUGGUGUCCAAUCAGCAGAUGCCACUGCCGACUUUAUACAUUUAACAUGGGCAUUUCGAGGCUAUACUCCGACUGUCUAAGAAGGAAGCUAGCGCCAUGGCCAGAACCAAGCAAACCGCUCGCAAAUCCACCCGUGGCAAAGCCUACAGGAUGCAGCUCGCCGCCAAGGCUGCGCGCAGGAGAGCCUCCCCGUUACAGGCCCGGCACCGUGUCUCAGAGAGAUCCGUCGUUACCAAAGCUCCACUGAGCUGCUCCUCCGCAAUGUGCCCUUCCAGCGCCUGGGGAGAAAAAUCGCCCUGUUCUUCAAGACCGACCUGUGCUUCCAGAGCUCCGCCGUGAUGGCCCUGCAGGAGGCCAGCAAGGCUUACCUGGUCGGUCUGUUCGAGGACACCAAACUGUGUGCCAUCCACGCAAAGAGGGUGCAUAUCGUGCCCUAG